GAGAGAGAGAGAGAGAGGGGAAGGAAAUACCUUUCUCAUUUCCACAUCUAUUAUUUUUCUUCUAUUUUGGAUCAUCAGCCUGUGUGAUCCAAACCAGUGCGCGUUGAUGUUCAAACAAGGCGCGGCUGGCUAACCCUUCUGUCUCAUUUCGGACGGACCACAAACAGGAGAGCGCGGACACUGAAGCUGCUGCUGCUGUUGUUGUUGUAUGACAUUGGAGAUCCGGCCAUGAAUUCGGCCGAACAGACGGUAACGUGGCUCAUCACGCUGGGGGUCCUGGAGUCUCCCAAGAAAAGCAUCUCGGAUCCAGAGGCUUUCCUCCAGACGUCUCUGCAGGAUGGAGCGGUGCUGUGCCGGCUGCUGGAGCGACUCCGACCCGGGACGGUGGACAAAUUUUUCCAGGAACCGAGGGGUGACAGCGAGUGUCAGAGGAACGUUGCGGAGUUUGUUAAAGGCUGCGGGGCUUUCGGUGUGGAGCCUUUUGAGGUUAAUGACCUCCUGCAGGGAGUGAACUUCUCAAAGGUCCUAAACUGCUUGGUAGCCCUCAACAAAGCUACUGAAGAUUUAGGUGUUUCUGAAGACAGUGUGUGCGUGCCGCACUCCUCACACUUGAGGAUCAAGUCCUUUGACUCUCUGAACACUCAGAGUCGCUCCUCCAAGGUGCUGCAGCCUCAGUACCGCAGCCUGGACAUGUCGGAGGGCGGCGGGUGUGGCCACGCGCUGUUCAAGGCGCGCUUCACCUUCCAGCAGACCAACGAGGACGAGCUCUCUUUCUCCAAGGGCGACAUCGUCAGCGUGAGCCGGCAGGACGAGGGGGGCUGGUGGGAGGGCUCGCUCAACGGCCAUUCUGGGUGGUUCCCCAGUAACUACGUACGGGAGCUGAAAGGAAGCGACAAGACAUUAGACAAGCCGAAGUCUGGGAGCCUGAAAAGCCCCCCCAAAGGUUUCGACACCACCAUCAUCAGCAAGACCUACUACAACGUGGUCCUGCAGAACAUCCUAGAAACAGAGACUGAAUAUUCGAGGGAGCUCCAGAGUCUCCUGGGCUCAUACCUGCGCUCACUUCACCCCACAGACAGACUCGGCAGUGUUGACAUCAGUCACAUUCAGGGAAAUCUGGAGGAGAUCUCAACCUUCCAGCAGAUGCUGGUUCAGUCCUUGGAGGAGCAUACAAAACUCCCAGAGAACCAGCAGAGGAUCGGGGGCUUCUUCCUCAAUCUCAUGCCCCAGAUGAAGCUCAUCUAUGUGGCCUACUGCUCCAACCACCCAUCUGCUGUCAAUGUACUCAUACAACACAGUGAGGAGCUGGGGGAGUACAUGGAGUCUAAGGGGUCGUCCUCUCCUGGGAUCCUGACGCUGACCACUAGUCUGAGUAAACCCUUCACCAGACUGGAGAGAUACCCAACGCUGCUGAAGGAACUGGACAGACACAUGGAGGACCAACACCCUGACAGAGCCGAACUCAUUGCUGCCAUGAUGGACUUUAAAAACUUUGCAGCUCAGUGCCAGGAAGUGAGGAAGAAGAAGGACCUGGAGUUGCAGAUUUUAACAGAGCCAAUCAGAAACUGGGAGGGGGAUGACAUCAGGACUCUGGGCCCCGUUCUCCACAUGUCCCAUUCUACAGUCCACACGCAGAACUGUCAGGAGUCAAAUGAACGCUACCUCGUCCUCUUCCCUCACUCUCUGCUCGUGCUCUCUGCCAGCUUGAGGAUGAGUGGGUUCAUCUACCAGGGAAGGAUACCGCUGUCAGGGAUGCUCAUCUCCAGAAUAGAAGACGGAGAAAACCUGAAGAACGCUUUUGAAAUUUCCGGAGGACAGUGUGAUCGGAUGCAGGUGGCCUGUAACAGUCAGCACGAGCUACAGGAUUGGCUGGACCUUCUCACCAAACACACACACACUCCGGCCACGCACACACACUCACACCAGCGUCAGUCCGUCUGUCACACGUUGCCCUCUCAGCCCGCCACUCCCUCCAGACACUCGGAGUCUCGUGGAGGGAGCACUGGACACACCUACCACACCCUUCCCCAUCCCUCGUCCUUUGGGACGGCCCUCAGCAGCAGCCCUAUGUGGGGGCCCCUGGAGCCACCGAGUACCCCUAAACCCUGGAGCCUGAGCUGCCUUCGCCCUGCGCCUCCACUCCGGCCCUCGGCUGCUCUCUGCUUGAAGGAGGAUAUGAGUAAGAGUCCUAAGAACAUGAAGAAGCUUCUGCCUAAGAGGAAGCCAGACAGGAAACCUUCAGAGGAGGACUUCACCAUCAGAAAAAGUACAGCAGCUCUAGAGGAGGACGCUCAGAUACUGAAAGUCAUCGAGGCGUACUGUACCAGCGCCAAGACACGACAGACGCUCAACUCCACCUGGCAGGGGACUGACCUCAUGCACAACCACGUGCUCGCUGACACCAGCCUCACCGUCGCUGGCAACCUGCCUUGUUCUGACCAGUCAGAGGACUCGGAUUAUGACAGUCUCUGGACCGCCACUAGUUACAGGACUGCCUCAUUUUCUCGCUCCAGCAGGAAGGACGUGCACAUGUUGUUCCCAGAGGAGGAGAAGAUCAUCGUGGAGGAGACCAGGAGCAACGGGCAAACCGUAGUGGAGGAGAGGAGUCUGGUGGACACUGUGUACAGUCUGAAAGAUGAAAUCCAGGGGCUCAAACAGGACAACAAGAGUAUGAAGAGGACGCUGGAGGAGGAGCAGCGAGCGAGGAAAGAGCUGGAGAAGAUCGUCAGGAGAGUUCUGAAGAACAUGAACGACCCCACCUGGGAUGAGACUAACCUCUGAGAUCAAUACGAUCAUCACCACGGACAAGACCAACUUCCUGACUUGAUAAUGACCAAAUGAACCGUGCCAGAAGCUGCCAAUUCUUCCUUCAACACGUCUUCACCAUUUUUCACUUGCUUUGACCUUUGUAACAAACUGUGGACCAAGAGAAAGAUGCCUGCCAGC